AGGACUCCUCCUUCUGCAUCACAUGAGCACAGUCACAGCUGCAAGAUAAAAAGCUCAUAUAGUGAAGCCCAAGCUGUGUGGUAGGAGUGCUGUCAGGCUGUGAGUUCGAUGGGGUUCCUUCCAGACCUUUCCCCCAUCACUUGGUUGCUCCUCAUCGCUUUCCUGAGCCUCCUGGUGCUCUAUGGGAUAUGGCCCUACCAGACCUUCAAGAAGCUGGGCAUUCCUGGCCCACAGCCUGUGCCGUUUUUGGGAACAUUCCUGGGGUAUCGACAGGGGAUCCUGAAUUUUGAUCAGAUGUGCUUUGAAAAAUAUGGUAAAAUCUGGGGGAUUUUUGAUGGCAGGCAGCCCAUAAUGGCUAUUCUGGACCCCGCGCUCAUCAAAACCAUCUUGGUGAAGGAGUGCUAUAGCACUUUUACCAAUCGCAGGGUCUUUGGUCUGAGUGGGAGACUGGAGUCAGCUGUUAGCAUGGCUGUGGAUGACCAGUGGAAAAGGAUUCGCACUGUGUUGUCCCCAACAUUUACCAGCGGGAAGCUGAAAGAGAUGUUCCCUAUCAUUGAGAGCUAUGGUGAAAAAUUAGUGAAAAACAUUGAGAAGAAAGUGGCUAACGAAGAGCUCUUGGACAUGAAGAACAUUUUUGGAGCCUACAGCAUGGAUGUGGUGGCCAGCACUUCUUUCAGUGUGGAUGUUGACUCCAUGAGCAAACCCAAUGACCCCUUUGUCACCAACAUUAGGAAAUUUCUCAAAUUCAGUUUCCUAAACCCAUUAUUCAUGUUCAUAGUGUUGUUCCCCUUCAUGAUCCCAGUGCUGGAAAAGAUGAAUGUGACGCUGUUAUCUAAUGAAGUCAUGGACUUCUUUGAUGUCUUCUUCAUGAAAAUGAAGAAGGAACGGGAAAAAGGGUACCACAUGGACCGAGUGGACUUCCUGCAGCUGAUGAUUGACUCACAGAGCUCACAGGAUGGCUCCAAGUCUGCUGGGGAGAAGGGCUUGUACAAAUCAUUAAGUGAUGAGGAGAUUCUGGCCCAGGCUCUUACCUUUGUCUUUGCUGGUUAUGAAACCACCAGCUCCACCCUCAGCUACAUCUCCUAUCACCUGGCCAUGCACCCUGAUGUGCAGAAGCGACUCCAGGAUGAGAUCGAUGCAAACUUUCCCAACAAGGCUGCUCCUACAUACGAUGCAGUUAUGCAGAUGGACUACCUGGACAUGGUGGUGAAUGAAUCCCUGCGGCUGUACCCUGCUGGGGGGCGGAUUGAUCGGAUCUGCAAGAAGACAGUGGAGUUCAAUGGGGUGACCAUCCCAGAGGGCAUGGUGGUCAUGAUCCCAAUCUAUGUGCUUCACCAUGACCCGGCAUACUGGCCCAAGCCAGAGGAAUUCAGGCCUGAGAGGUUUAGUAAAGAAAACAGAGAGAACAUUGACCCCUACACCUACCUGCCAUUUGGGGCCGGCCCCAGGAACUGCAUCGGAAUGAGAUUUGCUCUCCUCGUUGUUAAAGUGGCUGUGGUUGCCCUUCUGCAGAACUUCUCUUUCAGACCCUGCAAAGACACUCCGAUCCCCCUGGUUCUGGACACAAAAGGUUUCAUGCAGCCAAAGAAGCCUAUUGUCUUGAAGAUGGUCCCCAGAGCCCAUGGCGAUCUGCAGAACUGAAGGAGCUGUUCAGAGACUUUCAAUCAAUGGUGCUUUCCCUGCCCAACUCUGGAAAAGAGACAGCAGAUUGAUGCGUGCACUCUUGAAAUGUUAGUGAUGCAAAUCCCCAUUUUGACAUGGGGCAUUAGGGGUUUGGCCUGGCAUAAUUAAAAGAGCAUUAUCCUAAUGAAAAUUCCUUGGCCUCAGAUCCUGCUGUCCCAGAUCACAAUAGGCAUUUUGCAAGACCAUUUGCGCUCAGGUUAUUUGGGUGUUUUUUUUUCCUCUCCCUCUGAAGAGGCACUUUGCUCAGCAAUUUGAUUCCAGACACUGUCAGUCUCUUCUGGCAGUGUAAUUUAAAUCAAGAUAGGGAGAGCGAAUAGCACAUAGUUAAGUAAUGCUACCAUUGCUCCUGCUUCUACUGCCUGCUGGGCAGCUCUGUGUAUCUUCUGGUUUUAUUCUCCUGGGGAUGUAGAUUUGUCCAGGGCUAUUUCCUCAGCUAUGUGCUCUGACCCUGACAAGUGUUAAAGUGGUCAUGUCCUCGCAGGGAUGAAUGUCUGUCGUAAAUUUUCUGAUACUGAUUUAUUUAGAUUUUCUUAGGAUUUCAUGCGUGAUUCAGAUUGCAGACGAGUUAACUGGAGGAGCCCAGAGACAAGCAGUUGCCCCUAAUGACUGGAGCUUUGUGGAGUGAGAGAGAAGUGCCCUGCGUGUUUUGCUGCUUGUUUGCUUGUUUCACCCCAGGCACACAGCUGUCUCUCGCACUAGUGACUGUCAGUACAGGCAACAUCUACUGCACUGCCACUGUGACACCUUUUAGUCUCUGACGUGCAUUAGGCCACCGUAGGACAGAAUUAACUGAAUUAAUGAUGGCACAGGGUGCAGCACUGAGAGCCUUCAGAUGUCCUGGACAGCCCUGGUCUAGUAGAAAAAUGUUGCUUUUGGCUGUUAAGGACGGGGAAGUCUUCCCUAUCCUUUGUCCUUGUUUCAUGUUCUAGAGGACAUAAUGCUCUGUGCUGUCCCGUCUCCUUCAAGCUGCUGAUGAGAAGCUAAUCACAAUAAAAUGCUCACUGCCUCUUUCACAUAAAAUUGAAAUCAGUCUCUGCUUCUGCUCUGUCCUCUGUAUACAGAUGAAUCUACCUGUAGGUCUCAGAAGCUUUUGGCCACGAAAUGAUGUGGUCCCAUCACUGCUCCUAGCGGGGGUUCCUCAUUCCUUAGGAGCAAUCUUCAAAGCAUCUCUGCCUCAAAAAUCAGCACUACAUAAGGGAUACAGAAGCCAACUUUUGCAGCUUGUUUUUUUUCACCACGUUAUCUCAAGACAAAUUGCUGGAGGUGCUGGCUUGCUUGUCUCAGCUGGGCAUUUGUCUUCCUGUGAGAGCAGAG